GAAAAAGACUAACCGUGUAUUAGCGUACCGUACCGUAUUAGCGUGAUCGUUAGAAGUCAUUAAGCUGAAAAUCGUAAAAAAAAAUCACUUUAAAAUGGCAGUAAAUUCACAAGUUCGAAGUAUCUUCAGAUCAGGGUUAUUUUCCAAUAAAGUUGCCAUCGUUACUGGAGGUGGAACGGGUUUAGGGCGUGCAAUAACCCAAGAACUUCUCUACUUAGGUUGCAAAGUGAUUAUUGCAUCAAGGAAAGUGGAAAGACUACAGACUGCUGCAGAUGCCCUGAAUAAAUCAUUACCCAGAGAAUCAACAGCAGCUAUCCAUGCAAUUAAAUGCAACAUCAGACAAGAAGAUGAGGUGAAAUCUCUCAUGAAGACUACAAUUGAGAAGUAUGGGAAGAUUGACUUUCUAGUCAACAAUGGAGGUGGUCAGUAUCCUUGUCCCCUCUCUGAGAUAUCAAGCAAAGGAUGGAAUGCAGUGAUUGACACAAACCUAACUGGAACAUUCCUAUGCUGUAGAGAAGCUUUUCAAGCCUGGAUGGGAGAACAUGGAGGAGCCAUAGUCAAUAUUAUUGUUGAUCUGUGGAAAGGCUUUCCAUACAUGGGGCAUACUAGUGCAGCAAGGGCAGGCAUAGAGAAUUUGACAAAAACAGCUGCUGUUGAAUGGGCACCUCAUGGAAUCAGGAUCAACUCAGUAGCUCCGGGUACAGUGUUCGGGAAAGAAGCUGCGGAGCAUUAUGGGACAGAAGAGAUCUUCAAGCUAGCCAUCCCUAACAUUCCUGCUAAGAGAUUAGGAACACCAGAAGAGAUAUCAGCAGCCGUUGCUUUCCUUCUAUCUCCAGCCGCUGCCUACAUCACUGGAGAAUCAAUCAAAGUAGAUGGUGCCUCUAGUUUAUACAUGCCACCAGGGGGAUACACAGUCAAAGACCACAAUAACAUGCCAGCCUACAAGUGGGAGACUGAUGAUGGGGAUGAAGGUGGGAAUAAUCCUGGUGGCCUGUCAUCAAAAUUAUAGCAAGGAUAGCCAUGGAGAAAAACAAGAAGAACAUCUCGGUAAUGAAGAUGAAGGUGAGAAUCAAUCAAUGAAAUGAUGUCUUAGCUUGAUGAACCUAAUGGAGAAAGAUACGGUAUUCAUGGACAUAUAUAUCAAUCAUUCUGAAAUUUCUCUUGCCAUAUUAACCAUCUUGGAAAUGAAGAGAAAUAUUGAUGUAAAAAAUGAGAAAUAGAAAUUUGAUGAGUCACAAUCAAGCUGCUUUGGACGUUUUCACUAUUAUCAAGUCUGUUUGUCAUGUUUAUCCUUUAUCAUAAUUAUGUGAAGGACAGAUGAUAUCUAUGCAAUGUAGAUGUAGUGUGCCAACAUCUAAUUCCCUAAUAAUAAGGCAAUGCAUGAUCUUCAAUCUUGUUGUCCAGUUUCUUUUGCUAAUUUAGCUAUUGGAUAUCGAGGAGGUGACCUUGAAAUGGAGUAUAGAAAAAUGUUGAUAUUAGUUGUAUUAUGUGUCAUUAAUGAGUUUUUAUGAGAACUGAUGUUGAAAGCCAUGAAUGAGAUUUCCUUGCUAGAAUCUCUGGAAAAACUUGAAAUCUUGUGUUAUUGGAUUGAGUUGACUGAUGCUUUUUUACUAUUAAUCAUGAUACAACUCUGACCAAAUCAAUGUGAAUUACAGAUGCUAUUAUCAGUAGGCGUGUCUGUCAUUGUAAUAACUAAUGAGAAUGAAAAUCUCAUGACUGAAAUAGGCAUCAUGUAUAAAAGACAAUGUGAUGCCCCAUAGAAUCAUAUAAAAAAAGGGUGAUACUGAAAUAUUUGAUCGUUUUUUUAGAACAGUAUUAUUAGAACAGUAUUCUAUCAGAGCACCAGAGGCAGUAUCAUAAUGAAUGCACAUGCUGUUAUUUCAUUUGAUAAUAUUUGAAGAUGGACUGUUGUCUUGGCUGCACUGCUAAUGUAAAUUUCAUCAUGUUUAUGUGCUCUAAAAUGUGCAGGGUAAUUUAAAUGGAAGGAGGUAGGAGGAGAAUUUACCACUUAAGACAGUGUACCUCCAAUUGUAAACAUCAUCAUUUGAAUGUCCCACUUCUAAGGAAUUACGAAGUAAUAAUCUAAACAUGUUUGUAAAGUAUUCUCUUCACUCUUUGCCAUCAUUUCCAGAAAAUAUAUGUUGAGGGAGAAAUAGUGAAUUAGACUGGAUAGUUAUGUGUAUUAUUAAAAACAAGACUUGUUCCAUAUCCACUGCAUCCAGGCACUGCAUACAACUUCAACGAUCACAUGUGCAUAUCUUUAAAGAAAUAGAUUGCUUAAAUACUGAUUCCCUCUUAUCAUCUCAGUCUAUGCAGUAAUCUUAAUGUUAUCAUCAGCAACAAAUGUUUUUAAUCACUAUUGCUUUUUAAAAGUUGGGUAAAAUUAUUAACAGAAUUCAUUGUAUGAGAGUGAACAUUGGUCCUCAUGAUUUCGAAGAAACAUAGCCAUCUCAACAAGACUCUGUUUUCUGUACUGAUAUAGAUACAUAUUAUCUACUGUAAAGCUGAUACAAGGCUAAUAUGUUGAUUUUAUAAACAGCAAAAAUGAUGAUUGAACUUCCAUGCCUAUAAUAAAUCAGACUAUAUUUUGAUAUUUCUCUUUAGACAGCUUUGUCAUUUUAACUUUGCUAUCGUCAAAUAAUAUGAAUUGUAUGUAAAAUAAUAACAAUAUAUAUAUUUUGCUAAAUUUGUUCAUGAAGUCAUGUAAAAUUUAGAUAAAAAAUGAGGGAUGAUAUUAAAAACAAAAUAUUUAUGAAUAA